CCGGGGGCAGAGGUGCUUGAAGCCGGGUGGUGCGUGGGCUAUCCCAACUUGUGUGGCUGGGGUCGCGUUCCCCCACGACGGGUUUGGGGUCGUGCCCCGGGUGUGCGCUUGCGGGGCCGUCUGCUGGGGUGGCUCACCUGGCUGUUUGGGUGAGCGGCGCGGAGGCGGCGGCGGCGGGAGCCAGAGCGGGGAGCAGGUUUCAGCCCUUGUACAUUCCAGAAUCCAAUAUUUCCGAACGUCUAUGGACAAGUGCACGUGAUUAUUGUGUCACCGAAGCUCCCACCGAACAGACAUUUAGAUCCUUGCCAAGUUUUCACCGAUGGCGCCUGAUUUAUGUUUCCCCCUCUGCUUCGUUGUGUACACCGGCAUAAAAGCUCUACAACACCUGUCAGCCACAUUACCUUAUAGAUACUCUGGGCCACAUGUUGCCAUACAAGGGGCAUUUUGAGGUUACGGCAGGAGCCAGUAACUUUCCAAGUGGUGAGGCAUCCUUCAUCCCUAUGGAGUAUUUCUUACAUUCUGAUGGAUCAUCUUGCUUGUCUCCUGCUCCUCCUCAGGGUGACUUUUUUUCCAGCUCUGGUGUUUGAGGUGUACUUGAAGAAUGGAUGAUGAUGAUUUUGGUGGUUUUGAGGCUGCAGAGAUUUUUGAUGGUGGAAAUGGCGAAACCCAAACUACGUCUCCUGCUAUUCCUUGGGCUGCUUUUCCUACAGUAUCUGGAGUCCAUCUUUCUCCAGCUUCUCCUGAGAUUAUACUGGACCAUGACCACUCUUCUCCUUCAGUUGGCUGCCUGUCUUCGGAACCCAUCAUUUCAUCACCAGAGAAUACACACACAGAUGACAGCAUUGUCAGUCAAACUGUUCCUAAAGCACAGAUUCAGCAAUCAACACACACUCAUCUGGAUAUCUCACUUUUUCCAUUGGGUUUAAAUGAUGAGAAAAGUAAUGGAACAAUUGCUCUGGUGGAUGAUUCUGAGGAUCUUGGAGCCAAUGUAUCAAACAUACAGCUUCAGCAGAAAAUUUCAAGUCUGGAGAUUAAACUCAAAGUUUCUGAAGAAGAAAAACAGAGGAUUAAAAAGGAUGUGGAAUCAUUGAUGGAAAAGCAUAGUGUCUUAGAAAAAGAUUUCCUUAAAGAAAAAGAGCAAGAGGCCAUUUCUUUUCAAGAUAGAUACAAAGAACUUCAGGACAAGCAUAAACAAGAAUUGGAAGACAUGAGGAAAGCUGGUCAUGAAGCUCUCAGCAUUAUUGUGGAUGAAUAUAAGGCACUACUGCAGUCUUCAGUUAAGCAACAAGUAGAAGCUAUUGAAAAACAGUACAUUUCUGCAAUUGAGAAACAAGCACACAAGUGUGAAGAGUUGUUAAAUACUCAGCAUCAGAGGCUCCUUGAAAUGCUAGAUACAGAGAAGGAACUGUUAAAAGAAAAGAUAAAGGAAGCUUUGAUUCAACAGUCUCAAGAACAGAAGGUAAUAUUUGAAAAAUGUUUGGAGGAAGAAAGGCAAAGAAAUAAAGAGGCUUUAUUAUCUGCUGCAAAGCUUGAGAAAGAAGCAAUGAAGGAUGCAGUUUUAAAAGCCAUAGAAGAAGAAAGAAAAAAUCUGGAAAAAGCCCAUGCUGAAGAAAGGGAGUUAUGGAAGACUGAACAUGCAAAAGAUCAAGAGGAAGUAUCUCAGGCAAUUCAGAAAGCAAUACAAGAACAGAGAAAAAUAAGUCAGGAAACUGUUAAGGCAGCAAUAAUAGAAGAGCAGAAGCGAAGUGAAAAGGCUGUGGAAGAGGCAGUGAAAAGAACAAGAGAUGAAUUGAUAGAGUAUGUUAAAGAACAGAAAAGACUUGAUCAAGUCAUCCGCCACAGAAGCCUGUCCAGUUUGGAACUGUUCCUCUCUUGUGCUCAGAAACAGUUAAGUGCUUUAAUAGCUACAGAACCAGUUGACAUUGAAUAAAGAGAACAUGACAAGCAAACCCACACUGGCAAUGGAUAAAUCAUUAGACCUCUAAAAUACAUGCUGUGAAUUCUAAAGAUGCUUUUGUUUUCUUUCCAAACCUUGCAGAAUUGAUUUCCACUUCAAGGGUAAACUAAACCAAUAUUUAGAAGAACUAUCACAAGAUCUAAUUUAUUUUCUCUUGUUUUCUCCUUUACAUUUACUGUUAUUUUCAUAGUAGUAGGAGCAGCAGCGGCAACAGAAAAUAAAAUGUGACCCAAAAACCGUUGAAAAUUGCCACAUUACCAAAAGUUAAUUAAACUUCAUAUUCUCUGGUGGCCUAUUACAUAGUAUUUGGUAAAAGUAGUAAAUACCUUUACUUAUUGCUUCACAGUGGCUCCUGAUAAGAUUCUGGAACGUAGCCAUACAUUUAUUUGAUUUUGCGGAUAAACAGCAUGGAUUUCCACAUCACUAAUUUAUCUGUGUAACUGGGAUAUAAAACACUGAUGUGACAGAGUCAUUCUGAUAUUACCAAACCCCUUUUCUAUAGAGGGAUCUAUGUAUUUUCAUUGGUAGUGAUUAAAAAUACUGAACAUUAUUAUAUUAAUUCAGCUUUGAUCUGAUGUACCACUUAAAGGGGUAUGUGUGUGAUAUAUGCUUACUUCCUGUUUCUGUUCUUCGGAGUCACUAUAAUUCAAUAAAAUCAUUUUUCUUAUUAAUCCUAUCAUGAACUUAAUCUCUAGAAAGAUAAUAUAACUUAGCCAUUUAUAGGAAUUCAGGUUCAAUAUAAAAGAUAUGAAAUCCUUUCCCAUUACUUCAGAAUGUAUUUAAAUUAUGAGCAGUGUACUUUAAUGCAAAAUCAUGAGUCUUUUUAACAUCAGAAUUAAAAUGCUGUCAUUAAAAUGUAUGCAAACAUUUUGUCUUGUUUUCUGAAAUGCUUCUAUUUCCAUGGGCUUUGUACUUUUCUGGGAUUUCUCAAUCUAAUAAAAAGAACUCCAAAAGCUUA